UUCCGAACCAGCUGCGAGUCGGCUUGAAGGGCUGUUCGGUGGUGGUGGAGUGGUGGACUCCUGAUGCCUGAAACUGGUCCCGGCAAAAGCCCAUCACCCGUCAGUCUGUCUACUCAUGUUUAUGGGUGUGUUGGCCCAUGAGUUUGACUCGGAGAUUGUGUUACAGAUUUGAUCUUGACACUUUUGCGUGCCACCAACAGCAUCCAGGUUAUGUGUUAUGUUUUUUUUGGGUGAAAUUGAACCACAACAUCAUCAUCGUUACAUCAUGUCCAAUUAAGAGCUACUGCUAAUCGUCACUCACCCCGAUAUUGUAGAGUUGCCCACUGGUCAGCAACUUUUGACCUAGGGCUUAGUUUGAGAUUCCCGUUGUGGUCCAGAUCUGAUCUUAGCGUUACUGAUGAUGUUGUUUGGUUAUGUUUCAGGGAGGGUGAGCAAGAAAAAAGAAGUAAACCGGAAUCGUUCACUAUGCUUUUUUGUUGGUGAAGGUCACGCUUGGUUCAAGUGAUGCUGUACAGGGUAGUGAGAUGUGAAUUGAAGCUUAGCACCGGGGUUGGGUUAAUGGGUAGCGUAAGGGCAGGUCGAUGAUGAGCGCGUGACGAUUGUUAAAUGAGUAAUAAAAUCACACAACCACGCGAACGCACGCAACUCACAAGUUCUCCAAUGAAGAGGAAUACCUCUGGGCAGGUGUUUGGAGUUUUUUUCUCCUUCUGCUCCUUCAAGCGGAGCAUGCUCUUGAUUGAUCUUCAUCGAGAUGCUUUGUUUUGACGAAUGUAUCGUGAUGAAAUGGACGGGGAAUUUCAGUUUGACGUGCUUCUUCUAGCAAGGCGAGAUAGUUUUUAAGAUUGUUGUCCUUUUUCUUGAUGUUGUGUUGGGCUGAAACCGUUGAUGAGCGUGUUGGUGAACAGAAUGUUGCCUUCGGAUCGAAGUCUAGGCUCAAUUGCGCUUCUGCCGUGAUUGCCACCGUAGUCAUGAAGGUGAACUUGAGGAAGCUACUUGUAACCGCCAGUUGCUGGUUGGUGAUCUUGUGCGGAUUACUCGAUCGUGUGGAAGGUGCCGAUCAUGCGGCUACUGUGGACGGUAUACUCCGAUCAGUCGUUGCAGUGCGAUCUCAGCUAGAACCAGUGCUAAAGUAUCGCUUGGCACAGCGAACGACGGCAUUACCUCAGGUGACGCGAACAGGUGGUUUGUCUUGUGGUGGAACGAUACGUGCUUCUGGUUUGCAACGGUUGUUUAACUGUGUUAAUUCGGACAAUCGUCCAUCGGAGGCUCCACCGGCAGCUACACAGAUUAAUGUACAGGAGCGUGUUGAUGACACAUCCCAGUACACUCCGGUGGAGAUAGUCAGAGCCGAUAUAAAGGGAUCCUGGUCAACGUACAGUGAUGGAACAUCUUUAACGGUACAAAAUGAGAAGAAUCGUCCAAACCAGCGAGAACCUGUACGAUCGAAUCCUCUUGGUUUCAUAUUUCCUACACUGGAGCAGAUAAAUCAUUUCAACCAGUGGCAACGACCUUACCAGAGUCCUAACCAACUUCCAGCGGCAACCAUUCCUACCAGGACCACAAUCGCCACUACCUCCACCACCCCCUCCACCACCACCUCCACCACGACCGUUCGACCAAAGGGGAAUGAUUUUUAUUUUCCCCAUAAUGGUAAUGAUCGUUUUACGCCAUUUAGCACUGUACGACCUGCACAGUAUUACACCACAUCGGUCACCACAAAUGGCCAGCAACACUUGGAAACGAGCACACCAUCGAUCUGGGAAGAAUUGGACAUCACAAAAAAAUUCCCAGAGGAAGAAACCACUACGGAACCAGCAGAGGAGGAGAGUGGUCUUGGGAAUCGAAUCGAUAACAAGCUGCUACUAUCGCUCGUGGGCUAAACUUGCCGAGGCUAUCUCUACUAUGGGUGGCUAAAGAAUGGUUUUUGUUGUUUUGUUAAUAAAACAAGGUAACAUUAUGUA